AACGAUGGUGGGUAUAAAUGCAUAUAUGCGGGAUUCCACUCAAGCAGAGGUCGAGCCAACGUACUGCAGCAGCAAUGAAUUGUUCUUGCGUUGUAAGCGCAUAUGUUGUUCGACGAGUCAUGGCGGUGCUCUGUCCUUCACUGUCACACCUCGACGUGUUUAGCUCCUGGCAUCGUAAGCGAGAUCAUACCUUAAAAAGGGGCCAUAUAGUCGGAACAGAGCACAUCGUCCAUCAUUUCAGUUGAGUCAUCACCUCUAAUAUUAGAUAUCCUCCCCCACUUCAUGUCGAUACAAGCGCCACGUAGUGGUUUGAGAUUCCGGCAUUUUGCCUUGAUCUAUCUCAACGAACGCGGAGAGCUCGGCUUCGAAACUUCGCCCUCUAUUGCAAGCAGCUCCGAUGGCAUCCUGUCUCCAGAGAUAAGGGAGAGAUUUCUCCAAGCUGUGGCCUUGUCAAACAGUGUCAGAAUGCCAAACGAUGGACAUGCACCCAGUCAAUCAGCAUUGGUUUCGUCGGAGAGAAAGGAUAUCAAUCAUGGAACCGUGGCUUCAACACUUCUGGACCAUAGUGAACAGCUGGAGAUUCCCGUUUACAAUUCCAAAAUGCUCAGACUGUACUAUGAAAAGGCCUUCGAGGCAUUGCAGCAAACGAACUGUCGCGUUCUAGCAAAAGCCUAUAUCAAGCUUGUCGAGCCUCGAAAGCAGGUAAACUUCCCAUAUAACGGCCGAAGAGUCAUCUCUGGCCUUUCUCGGCAGCUUGAUCCAGAGGAGACCAAGCCAGGCUGGUGGCCAACAGGUGUUCCCCACCGUGAACCGGAUCAUCUUCUCAAACCUGAAAGGAUUCGACUUCUCGUCCACAUCCUCUGUGAUUUGCGAGAGAGUCAUGGAAUGAGUGUCCAGAAACUAUGGGAAGCUGACCAGGCAAUCCGUUAUCAAUUCGACCCAUCUGAACGGCUGAGGCUUCUGGACGAGAUUUAUCGCGUCCGUCGGCAAGAAGAAAAAUUCCUCAAUGAAGAAAUCGGUCAGCAUUGUCGAAUCUCCAGUAUGGCCUAUUGCUUGUAAAAAACAGGUUUCGAGCCCUCC